GCCAAAGUAUCCAGCUGUGCCAUACCUCAUUGCCAGCUUCCCCGAGACACAAAAGCUAUUUAGUGACAGAAAUGAAACCGCGGAGGUUACACAUUUCGAAAUGAACUUCAGCCCCAGAUUUACAACAAGGAAGGGAACUUUGCAAGCAUUUUAUGUCGCAGCCACUCACAGGUUUGGGUUUUAGUGCUUCCUGAAGGUGCGGGACCUUAAUUGUUCCCGGAUGUGACGCCUUGUUUCCGUGAGGUAUUGCUGACGAAAAUGUCGCUCCCAAAGAAGGGGAAGGUACCAGGAGGUCAGGAGGAGGAUCUUCUCUCCAAACACCUGCCCGAAGAUGCUGAUGACAUCAAUCCGAACUUCCCAGACAACCAAGGACGCACGCCUCUCCACUAUGCUGCGGAGACUGGGUGUGUUCGACAAACAACAGAAUGGCUCAACAGGGGAGCAGAUGCCAAUAUUGCGGAUGUCUAUGGGUCGACGCCUCUUCAUCUUGCGGUGGAGAACGGACACUUCGACUGCACGGAGACCUUGCUGCAGAGAGGAGCUCAAGUCAACGCAAAGAAUUAUGACUAUGGCCAGACGCCGCUCCUGAAAGCCAGUCUGAACGACGACCUUGCUGUUGUCAAGCUCCUACUUUCCUACGAGGCUGACCCGAACAUCCCGGACUAUACAGGUGGAACGCCACUUCACGCCGCCGCGAAAGAAAAUUAUGCCGACCUUUUAUCUGUUUUACUUAAAGGAGGAGGUGACCCAAACGUCACAACGAAAAUGGGCUGGACCCCUCUCCACAUGGCGGCCAUGAGGGGUCAUCUUCAUGCUGUAGAGAUUCUCGUCCAUAAGGCUGAUGUCAACAUUCGAGACCAGAAAGGUCAGACACCUCUCCUCCAGGCGGUCUUAGAGAACCAUUACUUCAUAGUGGAGCGCUUGUUGCGUGCGGAUGCGGAUCCCAACAUAGCCGAGAUAUCAGGCGAUACACCUCUUCAUGUUGCGGCUGAAAAGGGGUUUAAGAUUAUUUUCCAUCUGUUGUUGAACGGAGAAGCUCGACCAGACGUCUUUAACAGGAAAGAUAGGACGCCUCUUCACGUGGCGGCGAAAUUGGGGUUCCACAGCGCAGUAAAAGGUCUGGUGAAGUCCGGCGCCGAUCUGGACGUUCUGGAUAGGAAAGGUUGGUCUCCGCUUCAUCUGGCAGCGUGGAAAGGGCAUGCGAGAGCUACCGAGAUUUUGACGCGGUAUGGAGCUGAUGUUGACAUUAGGAACAGAGAAGGCUGGACUCCACUCCAUAUGGCUUGUAUGCUUGGACGCGUAGAAAUCGUGGACAUGUUGGCCAAAGAAGCAGAUAUAAACUCACAGAACAAUCAAGGUUGGACGCCUCUGGACUAUGCCAAUUUCUACUCUCACACUCACCUCGUAAAGAUAUUAAAAGCCCUCGGAGCCACGCGAAACACCGCUGAUUCCGCUGCAUCUAAGCCUGGCAAAAAAGCAGAGACUCAAGAAUGUGGAGCAAUAGGAGUCCUAGACGCCAUCUCCUGGGUCGCACACUAUUACAAAUGUGACAGUAAGGAUGACGACAUGAAAUUCCUAAUUGCCUCUCUCAAAGGGGACGUGAAAGUGGUCAGGAAAAUGAUCCAAGGUGGUGCGUGCGACGUUAAUGCCACGGGCAAGAAUGGUAUUACGGCCCUCCACUGCGCUGCUUUCAGUGGGAAAAUGGCCGUAGUGAGCGAACUGUUAAAUGCAGGGGCAGAUCUUCAGGCUCUGACGGAUCAAGGCGCCUCGGUCUUGCACUGCGCAUGCCUCGCUGGUCGAAUCGUCACGGCGUGGACGUUGGUGAAACGGCAUCGUGCAGACACAGAGGCUUGCGACAGGGCUGGCUUCUCGCCCGAAGACUACGCAAAGCUCCGUGGUCACCAUCAUAUAGUGAGAAGCAUCUACAAGACUUCUAGUAACUCGAACCAACGUCGCUCAGAGCAGGAGGACAUGGCCGUUAGUAAGGAACUCUACGGAAGAAUUUUGGAAGUCCAAGAGAAGGUAGCCCGUGGUCCCCUGGAGAAGCUGAGGCUCUUGUUGGAGUGCGGCGCCUGUGACCCGAACCUUCGGGACGAGCAGGGCAAGACGUUGCUCCACCUGGCCACAGACAAGGACAAUCUUGAGAUAAUCGAGCUUUUGGUUCAACAAAACUCACUACCCACAGCCCGCACACACAAUUUCCUAACGGCUAAAUCCAUCGCAGAGUGGGAGGAACUUCAAGAUAUAGUUUUUUUUUUGUCAAAAUACGAAAUACCAGAUAAUAUGAGCACCCGACAGAAGUGUCUGCUAAACACAAAGUUAUUAACACAUAUCACUGUAACUCUCAACUGGCAAGACACACAGGAGGAGAUGGUCUUUGAAGCAGUAAAGCAUUGCAUAUCACUUCUGCUGUCUGGAGCCCCUCUGGAGCCCCUCUGUUGUCACAGUGUCAGCGCCGUCAACCUUGCCGUAACCACUAACUGUACACCUCUUUUGCCUCUUCUGUUGGCCACUGGUACCUCACUCACGUCCUCAGUCGGCAGUGUUCCGUUGGUCCAGCUUGCUUGGAGUUCGGAGGGCAUCACACCCUGGGUCAAAGUGGUCGUCACCGAGACUGUUGUAAAUCAGCUAAAGACAGAGAUAGACUAUGUAUCAUCGGAAGUCUUGGACAACAUCCUGCAGAAAUCUAUAGAAGAAUUAGUUGUGCUGUUGCAAGGCGAUCAGCCCUGGAAGGCAAAACUGCCAGACCUCCCCUUAGCUGACCAAGACAUGCUGGAUGCCCUGUUGUGCCAGGCUUGUAAGAGAGGUGCCACGAUGGCGGCUUGGUGGGUAUGGCAGCGAGGUGGCACUAUGAUCCCAUUGUCCACUUCAAGUGUUACACCCUUGCAUGUUGCUGUUAGGGCUCAGAAGUGGAAUACUGUAGAGGCCCUCGUCAGACACAUGGGGGCAAAUCUUUUUCUACCAGAAAAUGGUUCUACUGCCUUGGAGACCAUCCCCGCCAAACUUGGGAAAUCACUUUUAGAGGAUUCCUUGGCACAAGAACACAACAUUCUGAACCAGGUCUUCCUCAAGGCACGAGAAGGUGACGAUCAACGCGAACAACAGCAGCUGAUCCUCUUCCACCAUGUGCUUGCUUGCGAAUACGAGCAUCAAAAGGAAGACAAAGUGGAUCACUCCCGCUGGAGGACAGUGCUAGGAUGGUUGAUAUCUGCCCUCACAGUCCCCAUAGACAAAAGCUCUUGGGUCGCCCAGUUGUGUAGGACUUUACGGAAAAGUCUUGAAGUGAAAGAUGAUGUCAGUUUGUCUCGGAUGGAAAAUAAUGAUGGAGACCAUGAGUGUGACUAUUCUUCACUGACUGAAAUGAUAGCUUAUCUGUAUUCUAACUAUGAUCAAUGCAUGAGGGAAGAAAAAGCAAACUCAUUAGGCAAGAAAUCUGAUGCUCUGCUUUCUGAUAUUCAAAGAAAAGCACUCAAAACAUGUUGUGAGAGGAGGCUUCCAUUCUUCCUUCACCUGUUGGUAACGAUAGCUAGUGUUUCUGUUAAUGACAUUGUUGACCAGGAUUACGGUCUCUUACCCUUGCACCUUGCUGCCCGCAGAAAUAAUAGGUCAGCCUUAAUGUAUCUUCUCAGACAUGAAGCCUUUCUGGGCACAGAUAAGUUUGGAAAUACUUUCAUUCAUCAUGCUUACAUGCAUGGCCACUACGACAUCGGUGAUAUGAUCAGCCUUUCGUCUUAUAACAGGAGUGGCAAACAACCUGAUGACUUGAAAAGCGCUUUCUUCACCUACGUAGAGAAUUAUCAUGUGCAUCCAGAAGACAGUAAGAUAGAACUCCAGAAAAACACAAGCAGCUCGCAGGUGAUUCAAGCUCAUCUUCAUCGUCUACAAAAGGAGUGGGAAGAAAAGGGGUUUGAGAAAUCUGUGAGAGAAAUCAAUGUUGAUUAUUCGAAGGGAGAGUCCGCAAAGAUCCUUGAACUUGUGACCAGCCUUUUAGGGCGUUUGAUGGCAGAAGUAGCAGCAAUGGAACCGAUAUUUGAAGGUGAACUGCUCAUGCUAGGAAGCUCAGCCGACAACACUAGGCUUUAUUGCCCCGAUGAGUUUGACUGCAACGUUGUACUGAAAAACAUCAGUGGACACCCAGGCAGGGAGGUGCAGUUGACUUUGGAAACGCACGAAGUGGAACGAGAGGGAUGCAGCAAAUCUAUUCAUCUGUCUUCAAACCGAGACGACAUCAAGCCUCUCUUAGAAGGAUCUACUCUUCUAAACAAGUUCUACAAUGUGAUAAAACGAUGCUUGUUAAAGUGUGACAUGGGAGACAAACGACUUACCAUUGCCUACCCUGGGGUGAAGAGAACAAGGGUAGGUGUGGGGUUGAGACUGCUGUGGCUUGGCGAGGAGUUUAGGAUCUUACACUUAGAUGUAGAUAUUGUUCCUAUUGUGGAAGCACCCUGGCCUGGCGAACUCCCUAAACCUAGCUUGCUAUCGCCUUUCCUGAACAACGUCUACAUCAACAGCACAGGCGAUGGAAACUGGCGCUUCUCCUUCGCCCGUGCUGAGAACGCCAUCAUGAAAAGCCUGACGCCUGAGCAGCAGACAACUUUCCUGGCUUGCAAGAUGAUCAUGGCUCGCCUGAAGAUGGAAGAAUGGGUGCCAAAAGAAGCCCGCGACCAGUACAAGUACUUUGACAGCAAAUUUUUCAGAAUCCCAUCCCCUAGGGGCUUCCUGUUGAAAAAUUCCUUUUUCUUUGAGCUCCAAACGGUGAGUGAACACAGCCUAUGGACCAAAGACAGAAUGAGAGAUAGAAUGAAGUCAAUUUUCAGGAGGAUGUGCACGGAGUUCACCCACCCUGUCACUGGGGAAAAAACUCUGGAGCCUGGGAAGGUGGAAGCAUACUUCGGCCAAAGCACCCAGACCCCGGAAUGCGGGUAUGGAGCGCCGGACAUAUACCUCUUCCUGAACGCAUUGCCUUCCCUGUGGCAUGAUUUGCACACGAACGACAACAAAGAUAGCAGUGCCAGUGAUGAUGAAAUCCUUGAUAAUGACGAAAGCAAAAGCAGUGUGAUGUAAAUAAUGGCUAUAGUAAUGUAAAUAAUACAGAUAAUACUAAUUACAAUAAGGAAAGGUCAGUAAUAUUGAUGUAAAUGUAUAUAACAAUCCUUAGUGUAUAUUGUAAAACAUUUUGAUAAUAAAGACAACGAAUUGUUAA